UGUAAUAGAAUCGUAGGGCCGCAAACUACCCGAGCUAAUAGCUCAUGUUUCUGUUUGUAUUGGUUUGAUUAUCGUCUUUCGAAAACAUAAUAAAAUACAGGGUGUUAUUUUCAACGCAUGGUGACACUCUUGUUUAUAUAUGAUGACUAUUUUCUAGGUUUUCUCCAAAUUAUUAAGUUAGGCCAAGCCUCUUCCAUUUGGUGCUUUUGUUCUUGACUCAACCCGGAUUCUUAACUUACCCAAAAAAAAAAAAACCCAGAUUCUCACAACUGUAUGCAGCAAACCAAGAAUGACGAACUCCAACUCCAAGCAUAGGAAAAAGAAGAGAAAAGGCAUAAGCAAAGGGCCACCAUUGUUUUCUGAAGUUGGAGCAGAAGCCAGAGGUUUGUUUGAGAAGGGGUACGUCAAGGAUCAUAAAUUUAGCAUAUCAGCCCAAAGGAGCACAGGAAUGGCCCUUACUUCAGCGUCAGUGAAACUUGGAAAGUACUAUGAUGCAUAUCUUGCAGCAAAAUACAAUUGCCAGAACGCUACCUUUGAUGUAAAAUUUGAUUCCAAAUUACAGAUCCUUACAUCAGCUGUAGCCUCUGUGAAACUUGGAAAGUACUCUUCUGCAUAUCUUGCAGCAAAAUACAAUUGCAAGACUGCUACCAUUGAUGUAAACAUUGAUUCCAAAUCACAGCUUUCAGGAAGCCUCAGUUUCAGUGGAAAGUUUUCUCCAUCCACGAAGACUAUAGCUUACUUGAAAUUGCCAAAUUGCAGCUCCAGUGAGCUCAAGAUUUGCUACUUCCACAAAAACUUUGCUUUAGCUACGUCCAUUCUUCUAAACCAGUCGCCAGAAGUGAUGCUGUCAGCAUCUAUAGGAACUCCAAAAUUUGCUUUAGGUGUGGAGGCAAAAUACAAGACAAAAAGCUGUUCUGCUUGCUAUAAUGUAGGCAUAAAACUCGCAAAUCCCAAGUGCAAUGCUUCAAUAACUUUGGCCAACCAGGGUGACUUGCUGAAAGCCUCAUAUGUCCACCGCUUUAAACACCCAAAGGAGAUUUCCGUGGGGGCAGAGAUCAACAGGACGUUCUCAAAGAAGGAAAGUACUUUUACAGUUGGAGCAUCAUACAUUGUGGAUCAUCUCACAAGAGUAAAGAUGAAGCUCAACAAUCAGGGAAAGCUCGAGACUCUCUUGAGACAUAAAUUCAGGCCGAAGUCACACUUAUCAAUCUCUGGUGAAGUGGACAUGAAAGCUCUUUACAGGAUUCCUAGAAUUGGCUUGGCUGUGGCUCUCAAGCUUUGAAGGGUCUUUCAAUCAGCAAUAGUAAAUAAGCAGGAUAAGAAACUUUCAUACCCUUUAAUGAUUGUGGUUCAUUGUUCUGGCAUAGGGAAAGGGGAUAAAAUGCAGAUACACCCUUUUUCUCUUUCAGAACGUGGGUGGUUAGAAAUUAUCUCUCUUAACUUCCAAGAACAAUUAUCAGCUUGAGUAUCAAUGUUUUUUCCAAUCCAGUGGCUAAAAAGUUACUCUUUCUUUAGCCAUAAAUUAUAAUUUUAUCUAUACCAGAAAUUAAAAGAGAUACUUUUUCUCCGUGUCCUGCUUCA